AUUGACGUUUGACGUUUCUAUUGCUCGCUGCAUGCGCAUGGCAGAGAAACGCAACAUCCAUGCUUCAUUCAGCCGGUGUGAAUUAUACGAAACAGUCAUCAACUGUAACUUCUCUCCUGUUUUAAGUUUCGUUUGUGGAAUCGAUACAUUUUAAAGUUUGCAAGAUGUGCGGUAUAUGGGCGUUAUUCGGCAGCGAUGAAUGUCUGUCGGUCCAGUGCACCAGCGCGAUGAAGAUCGCGCAUCGUGGACCAGACGCGUUCCGCUUUGAGAACGUCAACGGUUACACCAACUGCUGCUUCGGAUUCCAUCGGCUGGCCAUCGUGGACCAGCUGUACGGCAUGCAGCCGCUGCGCAUCAAGAAGUUUCCCUACCUGUGGCUCUGCUACAACGGCGAGAUCUACAACUACCUCAGACUGAAGAAGGUGUUUGAGUUUGAGCACCAGACAAAGGUGGAUGGGGAGAUCCUGCUGCACCUGUACGAUCGCUUCGGCAUCGAGAAGAUGGCGUCUCUGCUGGACGGUGUGUUUGCCUUCGUGCUGCUGGACACUGCGGACAGGAAGGUGUUCAUAGGCAGAGACACGUAUGGCGUCAGGCCCAUGUUCAAACUGCUCACUGAUGACGGAUUCCUCGCAGUCUGCUCCGAGGCCAAAGGGCUCACUCAGAUCAGCCACUCCAUGGAGUCCCAGGUGAGCGUGGUGGCUUUCCCUCCCGGUCACUUCGAGGCGUUCAACCUGAAGCCCUCUGGGAAGGUGGAGUCCAUCCAGAUGGACCGCUUCCACAGCUGCCUGGAUGAGCCGGCUCACGCUGCCUACGACUCCGUCGAGAAACUCCCCUCAGGCUUCCAGAUGGAUGUGGUGAAGAGGAACAUCAGGACGCUGUUUGAGAGCGCCGUCAAGAAACGUCUCAUGGCCCACAGGAGGAUCGGCUGCCUCCUCUCAGGUGGGCUGGACUCCAGCCUGGUCGCUGCUACGCUGGUGAAGUUGGCCAAGCAGGAGGAGCUGAAGUACCCCAUCCAGACGUUUGCCAUCGGGGCCGAGGACAGUCCCGACAUCCAGGCCGCACGCAAGGUGGCUGCGUACAUCGGCAGUGAACACCACGAGGUGUCCUUCACCCCUGAGGAGGGCAUCAAGGCCGUAGAGGAGGUCAUCAUCCACCUGGAGUGUUAUGACAUCACCACGAUCCGCGCCUCUGUAGGCAUGUACCUGGUGUCUAAGUUCAUCCGGGAGAAGACGGACAGUGUGGUCAUCUUUUCUGGGGAGGGGUCUGAUGAGCUCACGCAGGGAUACAUCUACUUCCACAAGGCUCCCACCCCUAAAGCAGCGCAUGAGGAGUGUGUACGCCUAUUGAAGGAACUCUACCUGUUUGACGUGCUGAGGGCAGAUCGCACCACUGCUGCUCAUGGGUUGGAGCUGCGCGUGCCCUUCCUGGACCACAGAUUCACGGCGUACUACCUGUCCUUGCCUGAGGAGAUGAGGGUUCCCAAGGACGGCGUGGAGAAGUUCCUCCUGCGCGACGCGUUUGCAGGUGAGGACCUUAUCCCUGACGAGGUGCUGUGGAGGCGCAAAGAGGCGUUCAGCGACGGAAUCAUGUCCGUCAAGAAGUCCUGGUACACCAGCCUACAGGAGCACAUCGAGUCUGAGGUGAAUGACUCGGAUCUGGAGAGAGCUGCUCAUACCUUCCCGUUCAACCCCCCCAAGACCAAAGAGGCGUUCUACUUCCGGCGGGUCUUUGAGAAGCACUACCCAGGGCGCUGUGAGUGGACCCCGCACUACUGGAUGCCCCGAUGGAUCAACGCCAGCGACCCCUCCGCCAGAACCCUGUCCAUUUACAAACCUGACAAGGACGAGUAGAACCGCUCUGCUAGAACUCUGUCCAUUCAAUAACGUGACCAGGAGAAGUAGAACCGCUCUGCUAGAACCCUGUUCAUUUACAAACCCCUUAAGAACCAGUAGAACCGCUCUGCUAGAACCCUGUUCAUUUACAAACCCCUUAAGAACCAGUAGAACCGCUCUGCUAGAACCCUGUUCAUUUACAAACCCCUUAAGAACCAGUGGAACCUGUUACAACCCUUUCCAUUUGCAAACAAGGACCAGUCUGCUAGAAUAUUCUAAAGACCAAUAGAACCACUCUCCUAGAACCUUGUCCAUCUACAAUCCAGACCCGUCUUCUGAAAAGCUCUCCAUCUCAACACCCUUUACACACACACACACACACACACACACACACACACACACACACACACACACACGACAAUGUGCCACCACAAUGUGCCCAGUAUGACAUUUUAACCUGAAAGACUGCUGCUUAGACACACAGACACACACACACACACACACAGACUCACACACACACACACACACACACCCUAACCCAAAGGACUCAUCCACGUUUAGGAGGGAGUAUUCAGUUAUGGGGCCAGACACUGGUAAUGCAUAGCAAAAUAUUGUUGUUAUAUAAAUGGAAUCCUCCUGAGAGGUCAAAAGGUCAAAUGUGUGACUGGCAUGUUUCAUGCAACUGGUGAACGCCACACCCCCAACCCUUUCCAUGUUGCCAUAGGCACCCAUGCCUGUCAAUCAAACUUGAAACUCCCGGCUGUAGAGUCUAAACGCCAAAUCCUUUACCUACACCCCUUUACCUUUAUGCCCCUUUACCUACACCCCUUUACCUACACUGCUUUACCUUUAUGCCCCUUUACCUACACCCCUUUACCUACACCCCUUUACCUACACCCCUUUACCUUUAUGCCCCUUUACCUGUACCCCUUUACCUUUAUGCCCCUUUACCUACACCCCUUUACCUGUGCACCCCUUUACCUGUGCACUCCCUUACCUGUGCUCACCCUUACCUGUGCUCACCCUUACCUGUGCUCACCCUUACACCUGUGCACACCCUUACACCUGUGCACUCCCUUACCUGUGCACACCCUUACCUGUGUGGCGAAAUCUGGUCAGGCCGACCCCUCACAUCUUUCUCUGCUUUUGUUCUCUUCCUGAAUUGCCUGUAGCUUUGAGAGCUGUGCGAGUGUAUGACGCUGUGAUGAACCUGGACCUAAGCAUAUUUUGCAAUGUCAGUUUUCUUAAAAAGGGCCAUUCACACCACUAACGAUGACCGUAACGAUAUGAGCGUACAUUAUCGUUACAGUUGUUGCCAUUUAUAUAUUUUUUGCUAUUAUCGUUAUAGUUAUGGUCUUUGGUGUGAACAGUUUCUGACAUUAGGACAUCAGUGAUUUAAAAAAUGCAUAAUACAUUUAAUGUAACAUUUCUUUUUCAAUUUAAGCAUAUUUUGUAAUGUAUCAGUUCUAUUAAAAAGGGCCAUUCAUACCAGGAGCGAUAGGAAAAUAGCAACAGAAUGUUUCAUCAUGGAAACCUAUAGAAAAAAUAUUAUCUACAGAAAUGGUAUGUGGUAUCUACCAAAAAAUAAAGUUUUUUUCUGCUGCUCUCA